AUUUUUAAUAAUGAACAAUAAUAUCGUUUUACACAUCAACUAUGAUUUGUUUGAAGUACUCGCUUUUCUGUAUUCAUCUUGAUGUUACUUUUCCAGCAAUUCGACGACGUAACGGCAGAUCCAAUUGCGAUAUCCUUAGAAGAAUCAGAAAGUGGCUGGCAGAAAAUUGAUCUCACAGAAAUGGUCAGGCAGUGGCUGAUAGAAUCCAGCAAGGAAAAACUCAGGUUAUUUGUUGACUGCAGCUGUUGUUCCAAUUGGCAUAUCCAUCUUUUUAAUAGCGAGAGGAGCAGGAAACCGAAUCCACAUCAACCUUUUCUAGUGAUACACACCGAUCCCAGUACAACGAAGAGGGUGAGAAGAAGAGCUAUAGAUUGUUCUAGUGACUCUGGAAAUCAGUGCUGCAAGCAGAGAUUUUAUGUCAAUUUCACUUACCUGGGAUGGGAUGAUUGGGUCAUAGCUCCACAAGGGUACUUUGCCAAUUACUGUCGAGGAGAUUGUGGUCACCAUCGAACGCCUGAUACUUAUGGCACCUAUCACGCGCACGUCAUCGAAGAAGUGAGGAAGACGCAACACUUAUCCGGAAUGACGCCUUGUUGUGCUCCUCUCAAAUUCUCCAGCAUGAGUUUGAUUUAUUACGGUCCUGACUCGACUAUAAUCAAAAGAGACUUGCCCAAAAUGAUAGUAGAUGAGUGCGGGUGCCCAUAAAGUGAACAUUUUAUAACAAUUGUUGGAAACUAGAUGAGUUGUUUAUUAUUACUGGAGAUGAAUAGUAGAGUUGAAUCAGUAGAUGCCAAAGUUUCUGUAUUUAAAUGAACCGAACUGAUUUCGUCCAAAAUGUUUUCUGUCAUGCAAAUAAAUUAAUUUAUUCACAUUCAUGAAUACAAUGAUAUCAGAAAAUGGAACCUCUGAUGUAGAAUGAAUCCAAGAGAAGCACUCUACCCAAUCACCAGAUAUUCAAUAUGGCGUCUUCUUCUCCUGAGAACGCUAACUUGAUUGGUGGUUGAUUGGAGAAAAGUAUUGCAUUUUUGGUGAUUAGGAAAUAUGCUUUUGUUUUGGAUUACAAAAUGUGAAAGUAUAAUAAUUGAUCUAGAGUCGUUGAGAGGUCGAGCAUUACAUGAAAUCAAAUAAUUAUAGUCGAAACACCCAAGUUUUCUUCAACUUCAUUCCUCUUCAUUUUUCGCGAUUUCAAAUAAACCAUGAGACGAAUGCACUUAUUUCACGUUUCUGUUCAUAACUCCUAAAUAUGCCACAGAUUCAUUCUGGUAGCGAACAAAAUUUUCUACAAGAAUAUUGCUCAAGUUUUUCUUUACGAUCAGUCAUUAUGGAAAUACAGAGCUACACAAUUGAUUCAACAACCAGUCAGUUUCAUGCCCCUAACAAAUAAUCAUAGUAAAUAUGCUAUCAGUUAAGAUUCAGAGAUGUAAGUUUUCUCUAAAUAGAACGUCCAAAACGUUUUUCCGACGGUGGUUGAGAUAAAAUUAAACGAAACUGGGAAAAAGUUUUGAGUGGAAUUCGAAAGUACUGCAAGUUUGAUCAGUUCUUUCAAUGAAUUCACUGUUCAUCAAUUUCCUCACUCAUAUUUGUGUGUAAGAGAGACUUUCAUCUAGCUAUCUUUUGGCGAAUGUCAACGAAGAAUCGUCAUAAAAAACUUACAUCAAAGAAAUGCAGGAAACGAACAUGAAAGUUGAAUGAAACUGGCCAAUGAAAAUCCACAUUAAAAUUACUGAUGAAGUUCACUGAAUUAGUUGUAGGCCAGAGCAGCUCCCUGAAAAGAGCUGAUACAUACAAUCCUCAAUUUACUAGUAAAAACCGGGGAAACCAGAUCAAUCAAUUGAUGAUUACAACGUUGUAAUUAUUGGAGGGGGAAAAUACUUAUUAUUCCAUAAACAAAUAUUAGGGAAAACAAUCUUACUAGAAUCAAUUUCAUCGUUCAAUAAGUAUUUGAAACUUUCGAAUUCUUUUCUAUAUCUUUCAGAAGGUUAUGUGUCAAACCAUUUUUCAAAAAAUUAAAAGUUUUGAAUUCAUGAUUGAACACUGUAAGGAUGUGAGAAGCUGUCUUUAAAUUCAAUUUCCUAUUCUAGUAUGAAGGUUUCUAAUUUUUACAACAAACAUAUAAAAAAUAACAGAAACAAGAGUAUUAUGUCAGAUAAAUGAGCAGGUAAUAAAUGAUCGUGAGGUUAAUGUCCAAUGUUUUACAUAGGUCAAACUGGAAGAACAUUUGAAGCACACAUAAAAAAACAAAGGAAUAGUUUCUGAAAUGGAAAAAUUUAUUUAACAUAUGCCUGCUGACCUCAGAUAAAUCAAGAAGUUUCAAAAUCAAUAUUCUGGAAAGUAUGAAAAGUGAUUUAAAAAUUCUUUGAAUCUAAUGAACAAGGUUGAGUUGAAAAACAGCCUUGGCUAAUACUCCGCCUAUUCACCAUAUAUCUAUUGUUCCUGUAUACUGUUUUAUUUUAUUUUUAUCUAUUCCAUUUGUAUUUUUAUG